AUGGGACAGAGUUCCAGCCAGGGCUGCUGCGAAACCAGUGAAACCCGUGAACUUGAGCACGUCAAAGCUGAAGCCAAGGGAACAUCGCCAGAACUUCCCAAAGUGGAAAGCCAGGAAAGUCUGGCGAAUUCUCUGCCCGACGAGUUUACUCCGGUGACCAUUGCCAAGUCGAAAUGUACAGACCGAGACCUCAUGCAGUUGAACGAAGAGUUGGUGCGAGGAGUUCCGCUACGUCAAACUCUACAGUCCUGGGGAGGUCUUUGGCGUUUGAAGCCGGUGGAGAUGGAUCCUGUGCAGCAGGCCCGCAUCUACGAAUUUUCCCGGCAGGUCAGCCGUCUGGACAAGUUCCUGUCGCACGCCUGGCAUACCCCUGGAUGGAGAAAGUUCCUAUCGCUUCUUGUCCAGUCCGGCUCUCCAUUCAUGCUUGCUUGCUGGACUAUAGGCACAGGCCUCGCCUUUGCCCUUUGCAUGCUGGAUGUUCUGCCUUUGUUCUACACCACAAGAACGUGGUCCCAACAACAGGACAUGGCUGUAGGAUGCUGGGUGACGCUGGCCGGCCUGGUGUCGGGAAUCGGAAGCUUGCUGGUUUCUCCAUAUCUGCCUCGCAAUGGGCCGACAUGCUUCCUGGAUUUGGUUUGUGUCCAUCAGACAGACGAAGCCCUUAUGAAGCAAGGGAUCUACAACAUCGGAGGCGUCCUGUCCGUUUCCGCAAACUUGCACGUGCUGUGGAGCGCGCCGUACUUGUCCAGGCUGUGGUGUGUGUUUGAGUUGGCGGCAUAUCGCAAGAUGAACCCUGCUGGAAGGAUUACAAUUGCCCCGCUAUAUCUCGAGAACUUUGCAUGUCAGGUUUUCCUGUGCCUCCAUGCCAUUAGCGUCGUGCUAUCCUUCGGAAGAAUAUUUUAUGAUCUGGGCCAAGUAUUUGUGCUGGCAGUGCUGGGAGGAGCGGGUGUUUGCUCCUUUCCCCUCGCAUACUCGCUGCGGCAACACAGCCUUGAAAGACAGCGACUCCUUUCAGGCUUGGACACCUUUGAGGUAAGGGAGGCUUGGCCUCGGCAAGUAUCAUUUUCGAACAUGUGUAAUUGGACCUGUCUGCGAGAUAAAUACAAUAUGAAUAUACUCUGUAUGUGA